GGUGCAGCCGACUUCUCUCCCCGACAGAGCACUGCCCUGCUGACCUCCGUGGGAGUGGGACUUCUGUCCCUGCUAGGAGUGGCCGUGGGCUCCUACGUGCUUCGUAAGUAUCGAAGGACACCUGUCACUCUUCAGGACCCCAAUGUGAAGUACUUUCUGAGGCUGCUGGACAAGACGACUGUCGGCCACAACACCAAGAAAUUCCGAUUUGCUCUGCCAUCAGCCAAUCACAUCCUGGGACUACCAGUAGGAAAGCAUGUCUACCUCUCUGCCCGAAUUGAUGGCAACUUGGUUGUCCGGCCCUACACACCUGUCACCGGUGAUGAGAAUAAGGGCUAUGUGGAUCUUGUCAUCAAGAUCUACCUGAAAGGAGUACAUCCCAAAUUUCCUGAGGGAGGGAAGAUGUCUCAGUACCUAGACAGCCUAAAGAUUGGAGAUGUGGUAGAGUUUCGGGGGCCAAGUGGACUGCUCACUUAUAAUGGGAAAGGGAAAUUUGACAUUCACCCCAGCAAGAAAUCUCCAGCAGAACCCCGAGUGGCAAAGAAGUUGGGAAUGAUUGCCGGAGGGACGGGUGUGUGUCACCCUUGUGUCUGCCCCCAAUGCUGCUGGCGGUUGGCAUGGAGCUGGUAGCAAGUGACACUUGGGUUAGAUGCUCAUAGCCGGACUGGUAAUGAUGGGUUGCUGGAGUUCCUGGAUCUGUGCAAAAUAAAAAAGAGGGAUUGAAAUCGGGGGUGGGAUGUUUCGAACAAUCUCAAAUCUGGACCUUUUGCAAUUGGAAUGGAAAGAAGCAGAUUAGAAUGGCAGAGCUGGGAGGCAGCUCUGCAGCCUCUCACUGAAUCAUUAGAUAUUUGUUGACAGCUGCUUCACUAGUCCUAGACUGUGAAUUUUUUUUU